UGUAGAAGCACAGCAGAUGUAAAAGUUUAUCUUUGCUUCCAUGUUUUGUUUUUUUAAUGUGACAUUUUAAAGUGCCUUUGAAACAAUUUGAAUUUUUUUUAGAAAAAAAAAAAACUUCUUUGGGCUUACUGCGAUCAAGGAGCCUCCGGAACGCCGCUCUCUCCCGACUGCAUCACCAUGGGGAUCAAAGCUGCUCUUCCCAAGUAUGAGAUUUAUUUCUACAACACUGUUUUGUGUCUGGCCAUGUUCUGGGCCACCAGCUGGAUCUUUGAGGUGUCCAGUUCCAAUGCAAACAGAAAGACAUUCAAAACCAGCGUGAAGCCAGGAUGGUACUACUUUGGGAGGAAAAUGGAAACGGCAGAUUUUGAGUGGAUGAUGUGGUUUUCCACCUUCAGAGAGCACAUCCUAUUUGCUCUCUCUGGUCAUGUGCUGUUUGCCAAGAUCUGCUCCAUGCUGGCUCCACAGCACAGGUCCUUGGUAUACAUGGCAUACGGUCUGCUUGCUGUGUGGACCAGCAUGGGCUGGACCUACGUCACCCUCAUCCUCUCCCACUGCAUCCUGCUCUACAGCAUCUCCUUAGUGAAAAUUCGCUGGCUUUGCUUUGUCACUGGUCUUUGUACCCUGGCUACAUUCAAGUGUGAACCCUUUAUUUCCUGGCAGGCAGGCUUUGUGGACGGAGACUUUGAGCUGCGUCCCAUUUUCUUCUAUGGAGGAUGUGGGUUUACAAUCAUGCGCUGUAUGAGUUUUGCUCUGGAGAACUGUGAAAGAAAAGAUGGGAACUACAACAUCCUGGAGCUGCUCAAGUACAACUUCUACCUCCCUUUCUUUUUCUUCGGGCCCAUCAUGACUUUUGAUAAAUUUUAUGUUCAAGUCAACAGGUCUGACCUGACCAGGAAAGAGCGGGAGAUGUGGAAUAUCAACUUGCAUGGCGUGAUCCACCUGAUCGUCAUCAUUGUAGUGGACAUCCUCUUUCACUACAUGUACAUCCUCACCAUCCCCACUGACAUGAAGCUGCUGAAGCACUUGUCUGACUGGGCUCUAGUGGGUCUGUCUUACUUUAACCUGGUGUAUGACUGGGUAAAAGCUGCUGUCAUGUUUGGAGUCAUCAACACAGUAUCCAGACUGGAUCACCUUGACCCUCCUAAACCACCAAAAUGCAUCACCAUGCUCUAUGUGUUUGCUGAAACCCAUUUUGACAGAGGGAUCAAUGAUUGGCUGUGCAAAUAUGUGUAUAAUUACCUGGGUGGAAAGCAUGAGAACGUGGUGGAGGAGCUUGUGGCUACACUCUGCACCUUCGGCAUCACAAUCCUCUGGUUGGGACCCUGUCAGGUGGUCCUGAUCUGGGCUUUCCUUAACUGUUUUGGUCUCAACUUUGAGCUGUGGACAGCCAAAUUCUUCUCUAUGGAGCCAUUUGCUUCUUUUGAGACAGCAAUGUCAGAGGCAAUGACCCGUCGUGUCAGAGCCAUCUUCAACACCUUCAACUUCUGGAGCAUUGUGUUGUAUAACGUUCUGGCCUUGAACAGUGUGGAAUUUGCCAAGUUGGUCGCCAAACGGCUGCUUCUCAAAGGCUUCCCCAUAACCACCAUCAUCGUCAUGUUUGUGACCUACUGUCUGAUUCAAGUGAUCAAGGAGCAAGAGAGGAGACAGGCCCUUAUAGACGAUCCCGAUCCACUCCCACCUGCACCGCCUCCAAACGCCGUCACCAGUCCCCCCACAUCUGCAACUUCACCCGCUGCUGCUCAGCCAGCGGCAGAUCCCAGCAAAGAAAAAGCAGAGUAGAUAUUUGAUAUUUUUAACAAACGGUUCAAAAAAAAUGUGAGUUCUGUCCAAAUGCUAACAGUAAUAUGUGUCUAGAUUUUAUAACAUGGGUUUUGAAUGGAUGUGGAGAACCUCACUGUGAAUAAAGUAUUUUUGUCUAAAGGAGAAUUUAAAAGAAUUCACAAAUUCAUGAAUGAAUUGACAGGACAAAAAAAAAUAAAACUACAAUGUAGGAACUGCAAUGAUUUGUUCAAGCAUUUAUAAUUUGUGUCUUUAUGGAAGGUUUUUGACCUUUCUGAUGAAACUGUUUGGGCUUUUUACACUACAUGAGUCAGCGUGGAGGCUUCUCAUAGGACUGUGAGCUAUUUCUGUUGUAUUACAUCAGCAUUUUGUCACUGAAAUCCUGCUUGAUGCUUCCACAUGGAAAACACUUUUAACACUGUUGGGAGGGAGUGCUACAGACACCUGUGGUGAAUCAUUGCUUUGACCAGAACUGGGCAA